UUCAUCAUGGUUGAUGCCUUCUGUGCCACCUGGAAACUGGUCGACAGUGAAAACUUCGAUGAGUACAUGAAAGCACUUGGUGUUGGUUUUGCAACAAGGCAGGUCGGAAAUGUGACCAAACCAACGGUUAUCAUCUCAAAAGAGGGGGACAAAGUGGUCGUAAAAACCCAGAGUACUUUCAAGAAUACUGAAAUAUCAUUCAACCUGGGGGAGGAGUUUGACGAAGUCACUGCCGAUGACAGAAACUGUAAAUCCACUGUGAACUUGGAUGGCGAUAAGCUUGCGCACGUUCAGAAGUGGGACGGCAAGGAGACCAAGUUUGUGAGAGAAAUCAAGGAUGGAAAAUUGGUCAUGACUCUCACAUUUGAAGACAUUGUGGCAGUGCGUACCUAUGAGAAGGCAUGAGCU